AUGGCACUUGUCUUGCUUCUCUGCAGCGAGCUUGGGACACCACAAUCAGCACCAUUCCUCGUACAAAGAGAACACAUUCCGGCGACAUUGAGUGAAGCAGCUCACGAAGAAUUGCUACGUAAUGGACUCCACGCAGAAAUUGUUGGCGAGGUGGCAGAACGGAAGACUGAGUGUGGAAUAGUGUUGAUGGAUUACACUGGCUACGUUGACGGUGAGGUGUUCGAGAUGGCGAUUAGAUCAGUCGAAGACGAUCUUCAAGCAACCAGCAACUCGACUUUCCUGAAUGAGACUCUUCGAUACAAAAGGGUGAGCGAGGAGUGGAACACCAUUAUGAGUAUAAUAACACAGAUCAGCAAAACAGUGACUCUCGAAACAUCAAGGUAA